GCUGCAUCCGAUUGGGAACAAUACCACUAGUUACUGUACGGCGGAUUGGACAACAGCUCAGCGCGGCUGGCGGUCAAAGUCUGCCACCCCCACGUGGUCUCGGGUACCGCCCCCUCAUUGUCUUCGUGCGGGGCAUUGACGAAUGGGAAGAUCUGGAGGACCGGAUGGUUUUCUGGUCCUCCAGCCAAUCAUUGCGCGAGCUUUGUGUGAAUGAAGAUUGAGCUUCACACAGACUAAAACUUCCUCCUGUGUCCAACAUCUCAUAUUAGAAGGGGAGGAUUUGCAACUGAAAUCUCAAAGCAAAUACCACAUCAGGAUCCAACAGAGUCACCUUUUCAUUUUCAUCAGCCUUUGAAUUUAGAAGGAGAAAUGUUUGUCUGGUCUGUCAGCUUCCAGAGAUUUUAAACAUGAGUCUGACUGAAAAAUUACUAAGAGCAUAGGUCAGAGUGGUAGCAUUCCAGUGCACCAGUUACACUGCCUAAAAGAUAUCAGAAUGUUCACAGCAGCAAGAGACCGUACACAUGUUCUGUGUGUGGACGAGGCUUCAACUGAUCAUUGAUCCUGGAGACACACAAGGGCACCCGCAUCAUGGAGAAACCUUGGAAAUGUGGGGACUGUGGGAAGGAGUUUCGUUGUCCAUCUGAGCUGGACACUCACCGGCGAGUUCACACUGGGGAGAGGCCAUUCAUCUGCUCCGAGUGUGGGAAGGGAUUCAGUGAUUCAUCCGGCCUGCUGGGACACCAGCGAGUUCACACCGGGGAGAGACCAUUCACCUGCUCCGACUGUGGGAAGAGAUUCAGCCAUUCAUCCACCCUGCUGAGGCACCAGCGAAUUCACACUGGGGAGAGACCAUUCACCUGCUCUGUGUGUGGGAAGGGGUUCACUCAGUCAUUCUGCUUGCUGAGACACCAGCGAAUUCACACUGGCGAGAGGCCAUUCAUCUGCUCUGAGUGUGGGAAGGGAUUCACUCUGUCAUCCAUCCUGCUGACGCACCAGCGAGUUCACACUGGGGAGAGGCCAUUCAUCUGCUCUAAAUGUGGGAAGGGAUUCAUUGACUCAUCCAACCUGCGGACACACCAGCGGGUUCACACCGGGGAGAAACCAUUCAUCUGCUCUGAUUGUGGGAAGGGAUUCAGCGAUCCAUCCAACCUGCGGACACACCAGCGAGUUCACACUGGGGAGAGGCCGUUCACCUGCUCUGAGUGUGGGAAGGAAUUCAGUGAUUCAUCCAACCUGCGGAUACACCAGCGAGUUCACACCGGGGAGAGGCCGUUCACCUGCUCUGAAUGUGGGAAGGGAUUCAGUGAUUCAUCCAACCUGCUGACUCACCAGCGAGUUCACACCGGGGAGAGGCCAUUCAUCUGCUCCGUGUGUGAGAAAGGAUUCACUCUUUUAUGCAACCUGCUGAGACACCAGCAAAACACCCGCACCAUGGAGAAACCGUGGAAAUGUGAGGACUGUGGGAAGGGCUUCCGGUUCCCAUCUGAGCUGGAAAUCCAUCGACGCAGUCACACCGGGGAGAGGCCGUUCACCUGCCCCGAGUGUGGGAAGGGAUUCGCUCAUUUAUGCAACUUUCAAACACACCAGCGAGUUCACACUGGGGAGAGGCCAUUCAUCUGCUCUGAGUGCGGGAAGGGAUUCACUCAUUUAACCCACCUGCAGACACACAAGCGAGUUCACACCGGGGAGAGGCCGUUCUCCUGCUCUGAUUGCGGGAAGGGAUUCACUCAGCUAUCCCACCUGCUGAGACACCAGAGAGUUCACACUGGGAAGAGGCCGUUCACCUGCUCUGAAUGUGGGAAGGGGUUCACUCACUCAUGGAAUCUGGUGACACACAAACGAAUUCACACUGGGGAGAGGCCAUUCACCUGCUGUGCGUGUGGGAAGGGAUUCAGUCGGUUAUGCAGCCUGCAGACACACCAGCGAGUUCACACCGGGGAGAAGCCAUUCACCUGCUCUGAGUGCAGCAAGAGGUUCACUCAGUUAUCCCACCUGCUGUCACACCAGCGAGUUCACACCGGAGAGAGGCCGUUCACCUGCUCCAUGUGUGGGAAGGGAUUCAGUGAAUCGUUCACCCUGCAAAUACACCAGCGAGUUCACAACGGGGAGAGGCCAUUCACCUGCUCAGAGUGUGGGAAGGGAUUCACUAAGUCAUCCAACUUGCUGACACACCAGCAAGUUCACAAUGGGGAGAAGCCGUUCAUCUGCUCCGAGUGUGGGAAGGGAUUCACUCAUGGUUCAUCCCAGCUCCAAACACACCAGCGAAUUCAUGCUCUGGAGAGGCCAUUCAGCUGCUCUGAGUGUGGUAAGGGAUUCAAUGAUUCGUCCCAUCUGCUUUCACAUCAGCGAGUUCAUACUGGAGAGAGGCCUUUUCCCUGUUCCAUGUGUGGGAAGGGAUUCAGACAUGCGUCUCACCUGCUGACCCACCAGCGAGUUCACAGCGGGGAGAAACCAUUCACCUGCUCUCAAUGUGGGAAGGGAUUCAGUGAUUCAUCCACCCUGCGGAAUCACCAGCGAAUUCACACCGGGGAGAGGCCAUUCACCUGCUCCGUGUGUGGGAAGGGAUUCACUCAGUCGUGUAACCUGCUCAAACACCAGCGAGUUCACACCAGGGUGAGACCAUUCACCUGUACUCAGUGUGGGAAGGGAUUCAGUGAUCCAUCCAACCUGCAGACACACCAACGAGUUCACACUGGGGAGAGGCCAUUCACCUGCUCUGAGUGUGGGAAGGCAUUCACUCGGUCAUCUAGCCUGCUGACGCACCAGCGAGUUCAUACGAAGGAGAGGCCGUUCACCUGCUCUGAAUGUGGGAAGAGAUUCACUGAGUUUUGCCGACUGCAAGCACACCAGCGAGUUCACACCGGGGAGAGGCCGUUUACUUGCUCUGACUGCGGGAAGGGAUUCACUUGGUUAUCCAACCUGCGGACACACCAGCGAGCUCACACUGGGGAGAGGCCAUUCACCUGCUCUGAGUGUGAGAAAGAAUUCAGUCGGCUAUCCCACCUGCAGAUACACCAGCGCGUUCACACUGGGGAGAGGCCAUUCACCUGCUCUGAGUGUGGGAAGGGAUUCAGUAAUUCAUCCCAUCUGAUAUCACACCAGCGAGUUCACACUGAGGAGAGGCCACUCACCUGCUCCGUGUGUGGUAAGCAAUUCAAACACUCAUCGAACCUUCUGAAACACCAGCGAGCUCACAGUGGGGAGAGGCCAUUCACCUGCUCUGAGUGUGGGAAGAAGUUCAAAGAUUCAUCCACCCUGCUAAAACACCAGCGAGCUCACACUGGGGAGAGGCCGUUUACCUGCUCUGACUGUGGGAAAAGAUUCAAAGACUCUUCACACCUGCGGACACACCAGCGAAUUCAUACCGGGGAAAGGCCAUUCACCUGCUCUGUGUGUGGGAAGGGAUUCACUCAUUCAUCCAGCCUGCUAACACACCAGCGCAUUCACACCGGGGAGAGGCCAUUCACCUGCACUGAGUGUGGGAAGAGAUUCAGUGCAUUAUGCAAUCUGCUGACCCACCAGCGAAUUCACACUGGGGAGAGGCCAUUCACUUGCUCCCUGUGUGGGAAGGGAUUCACUCAUUCACCCCACCUGCUGAGACACCAGCGAGUGCACAAGUGA